ACGCCGCCGAGGCGGGGAACCCGCAGAGCCCGCUCGACUCUGUCGCCGUCGGGAGCCUGGUUCUCGGAGCGCGCCACGAUGGCGCCGGGCUGAGCCGCCCGCCAGCUAAGGAGCUGCGGGGUCGGGGAUGGAGGGGCCGGCGGAGCGGGGCCCCGAGGCGGAGCUGGGCCCUGAGGCGGUAUUGCGCUUCCUCGCGGAGCGCGGGGGCCGGGCCCUCCAUGCCGAGCUGGUGCAACACUUCAGGGGCGCCCUGGGCGGCGAGCCCGAGCAGCGCGCCAGCGCCCGGGCCCGCUUCAAGGAGCUGGUCAACGCCGUGGCCACGGUGCGCACCGACCCCGCCGACGGCUCCAAGUACGUGCACCUCAAGAAGCGGUUCUGCGCGGGGCCUCUGCCGCCCGAGGCCGCGCCUCCCGGGCACCCGCCCCGCAUUGAGGUGACCGCCGAGCCGGAGGCCCCCGACGGCCCGCCUGCGCCAGAUCGCAGUCCGCUCCCUGAAGCAGCGGCUCCCGAGGCGCCCCCCGGGCCGGGCGAUGGGGAGCCCCCGGCCCCCGCGUUCGGCGCGCCCCUCAGCGGCGGGGCCCGCAGGAAGAAUUCGCGGCGCGACGUGCCGCCCCUGCCCCGGCCGCCGGCCCCCGGGUCCAGCGAGGACCUGGAUCCCUCGCCCCACGGCGGCGAGGAGGCUGACGAGGGCAGCUCCCCUGGGGCGGCCGGCACGCCGAGGUCCGCCCGCCAGAACUUCCGGGACCUGGUGAUGGGCAGCUCCCCGCAGCUUAAGAGGAGCUUGUGUCCUGGGAGCAGCAGCCCCGGGAGCUCCUCCGCGGGAGGACGCAGCCGAGGCGGGGGCGACUCGGACAGCGCCUCAGUGGCUUCUUCGUCUGCGGAGGAAGAGAGCACUGGCGGGGGCUCGGUGACACUGGACCCUCUGGAGCACGCCUGGAUGCUCUCGGCCUCCGACGGCAAGUGGGACAGCCUAGAAGGGUUGCUCACCUGUGAGCCCGGCCUGCUGGCCAAGCGGGACUUCAUCACCGGUUUCACCUGCCUGCACUGGGCCGCCAAGCACGGGAGACAGGAGCUUCUGGCCAUGCUGGUGAACUUCGCCAACAAACACCAGUUGCCAGUGAAUAUCAACGCCAGGACGAGCGGGGGCUACACCGCCCUGCACCUGGCAGCCAUGCACGGACACGUGGAGGUGGUGAAGCUGCUGGUGGGGGCCUACGACGCCGAUGUGGACAUCAGGGACUACAGUGGGAAAAAGGCCUCCCAGUACCUGAGUCAGAGCAUCGCGGAGGAGAUAAAGAACCUGGUGGGAGCCCUGGACGAGGAGGACAGCGAAAGCGCUGCUGGCAGCGGGGGUGGGCGCUGGAGGCUUUCAAAAGUGCUCCCCUCGCAUCUCAUCACCUACAAACUCUCGCACGUCCUGGAGGAUGGGGGCGAGCAUCACCACCAUCAUCACCAUCACCACUUGGCUGAGGGAUGGGCUGGAGGCAAAGCAAAGGAUCUUGGUCGUAAAGCCUCUGGCAGCUCUAGUGGGCGUAUAAAACCCAGACUCAACAAAAUCCGCUUCCGAACCCAGAUCAUCCACACCACACCCUCUUUCAGGGACCCAGACCAGCCACUGGAGGAGGGGGAGGAGGAGGAGGAGGAACGGUCUCUUAAAGGUCACUCGUCCUCCUCCUUCAAAUUGAGACCAAAGUCCAAUGUAUUUGGGUAAAAAUAUUUUCUUUUAGAAAAUGCUAAGGUUUAUUUGUUUUCAGAAACAGAAUACUAGGUGUCGAUAAGGAAAUGAGACCAGAAAAGACGGAGGCUAAAUUGUGCAUUCUCACUUGAGGGGUUGGAAUGGAUGGGAAGGAGUUCUUUUCAGGGGGAAGUGGAUAUUUUUUUUAGUGAUUCAUAUUACCUUGAUCUGUAUCUCUUUUUCACACUUCACCUCUGUCCUUGAGUCCUGUUUCUGAAGACUGAAAUGUAUCUAAAUUGGGGGGCACAGAAUUGAUGACUAUGGGUUCCCUUGCUUUAACUAUUACUGGAUGCCAUGAAAAUAAGGAAUAUUGCACUUUUAUGUAUCUAUUUUUGUAAGUGGUUACUCUUAACAAGAGCAACAAAAAAUGCAAAUUGUAAUGAAACUGGUACUAUUUGUAAGUUGGAAAACUACACACUGCCCCUUUUUUUUAAAUAAUUGCAUUUGCUUUUUAAGGUACUACUGAAGGUUAGAGUUGAAAUGCAAAAAUACUAAUUAGAGAAUAAUGUGAAUAAAAUGAGAAUCCUGUUGGUAUCCUGUUUGUAUUGUAAGUAGCAGUUUUUUGAAAACCAAUUUCAGUUUUAAUAACAGAACUAAAGAAAUGGGCAACAUGCACUUUUGAGUUAAUCUGUAGUAUGGUUUCCACUUAAUUAUCUCUAAUACUGCUGUUAAGUUACACCAGUGUUAAGGUACAUUAUUAAUUACUACACAAGUUUUUAUUUAAAGAAAAAGCACUGUUAGCCUAUGGUACAUUGAAAUAAAAGAUUGUCUCAUUCUGAUUCUCACUGGCUUGGUUGCUAUUCUAAAACUUUAAAUUUGCUGGAGUUUUCAUUCUGGGGAUCAUCUAACCAUUGGUUCUCUCUGGCAUAACCCUAUUUAAUGGUGCUUAAAAUUGAAUUACCUACAGAAAAUGUUUCUGGUUUAGAUAAUUAGCAAAAAUUGGCAUAAAUAUUAGUGAGCCCAUGCUUCUGUGAAAUAAUUAUUAAACCAACUUAAUGAUUCUCAACCUGAGAUACACUUUUAAUUUUACUAAUACAUUCAUAGUCUUGGCUUUGCAGUAAUGUUUUGCAAAUGCUUAAAAUGCUAAAUCUUUUUAAUUUUCCAACAUUUCCUUGAAUCUAUUAGAUGCCUAUGGUGUAGUUACUGAAAAGCUGUAUAGUAAAUCUACCCAGUUAAAAAUGCACUUUAUGAAAGGGAGAAGAGAAGAGAUGGGACAAUUUGUGUAUAUAAAUGCUGUUGGCUAUUGAAUUCCUUUGUAUACUAUUCAUUAAAAUUAAGGACUUGUUUAAAUAUGGUUCUUAAUUACAUUUCAUUCAUUUAUGUUAGAGUAAAUGGCUUUAUCAUCACUUUAAAAUCUAACUCAUAAGCAUAUUAAAUGUUUGUAACAAGAUUAGAAACAACUUUUGUGGGAGGAAUUUGAAGGAAUUUGAACAGUUCCUUCUUCCUUAGACUUUUGGGUCUCAUAGUUGCUGAACCCUAAGUACUGAUAGCCUACAGGAUGACAGAGUGAGUGAACAGCCUCUGAAGGGUGAAUGAACCCAUGGACAAAUUGCAUAGAGCUGCAGCAUUUACAGCUCUUAGAUCUUUAAUUUUCCAAGUCGUAGAAAUUUGUCACAAGUUUGUCACUUCUCUCUCUACUUGACAAUUGAAUUUGUUUAAAGAUGGAUGAAAAAUAUUCACAUAAAAAAUAUAUAAACUAUCAUCCAUUUGUGUGCCUUUUGUUUUAGGAUUAUGGAAAUGGACAAUGUACAUUUGAAAAGCACUUUUAUCCAUACAUGUGGGUGAAAAACCAAUCUAAUUUUCUGUAAAAGAGAUUCUUUGAAGGUGAAAAUUAGUCAUUUGUUCUGAAUCUAUACAUGUUACCUUUAUCUCGUACAGAAUAAGCUAUAACUUCCCAUUGAGGAAUUAUAAUUUUCGUAGACAUGUAAAGCUGAAGUAACUUUAAAAACUAGACACUU